GUUGCGCACAUCACACGGCAGACAACAGAGUGGGUUUGCAAGGUCUUCUGUGUAGUUAUUACGUUAGUUUCCCUAGCAAAAAAUUAUUUCCAUCUUUGUUUCAGCGGUGUUGGCUACGGUGAAAAAUAAAAAUGGCAUCCGAGAGCAUCAUCGCCGAUUUCUUUCAGGAUCGAUCGGUUUUCAUUACUGGUUCCACUGGGUUUGUUGGUAAAGUGUUGGUUGAAAAGUUGCUUCGUUCUUGUCCAAAAAUUAAGCGCCUCUACCUGCUCAUGAGAACUUCUCCCAACAAAGAUAUCGCAACCCGUCGCAAUGAAUUAAUCAACAAUCAAGUGUUUAGUUGGAUUGACCAGCCCAACGCGCUAGACAAAAUCUUUGCCGUUGCUGGAGACAUGACCUUGCCAGGACUGGGCAUUUCUCCAGCCGACAUGCAAUUGCUCAUUGAAGACGUUUCAAUCGUCAUCAAUUCAGCUGCCAGUGUAAGAUUCGAUGAUGAAUUGAAAGAUGCGCUGCAAACGAAUGUGAAAGGACCGAGGCAGCUGUUGGCCAUCUGCCAGAAAAUGACGAAGCUAGAAGCUUUCGUCCAUGUAUCGACCGCUUUCAAUAAUCUGGAUCGGGAUGUUGUCGGCGAGAUGAUUUAUCCAUCGCACAUUGAUCCCAUCAAACUCAUAAACUUUUUAGAAAGUAUAGAUGGUGACUUUACUCGAAGCAUAACAAAACAAUUGCUCGGAAAAUCCAACCCAAACACAUACACAUUUUCUAAAUCCUUGGCCGAACAAAUUCUAGAAAGAGAAAAGCACAACGUUCCAUUAGCAAUCGUCCGUCCUUCCAUCGUUACAGCUGCCGCAAAAGAACCUACACCUGGAUGGAUCGAUUCCCUCUACGGACCGACUGGCCUAAUUGCAGGUGGAGCAAAGGGUUUCCUCAGGCUUUUCAAGUGUGAAGCCAGUUGUGUCAUCGAUCUAAUUCCUGUUGACUAUGCCGUCAACCUUAUAAUAGCCGUCGCCUGGCAUCAAGCUACGACAAAACCUUCACAACUCACUGUUUAUACGUCUUCUACGAGCUAUCACAAUCCGAUCACCAUCCAUCAAAUGAGGUCGUUUUCAGAAGAAGCUGUCAUUAAAUAUCCGCCGAAGGAGAUUAUGUGGUGCCCAAGCGGCGAAUGCACCAACCGUGAUUGGUAUUUCAGAAUCAAUGUCUUUCUCACCCAUUAUCUGCCAGCAUAUCUUCUGGACUUCACCAGCCAACUUUUUGGCAAACGAGCUAAAAUGGUGAAAUUGUAUGAACGAGUUUUUAGGGCAAUUUCAAACUUAGGCUUUUUUAAUAGCCACCAAUGGCAGUUUGUUAGUGAAAAUUCGCUGACGAUCCAGUCCAAAAUGUCGACAGCCGAUCGAAAAAUCUUUGAUUUUGAUGUCCGUCAACUCAAUUGGCGUAGCUAUUUUGAAACUUACGUCCAAGGAAUCCGGCUGUUUAUUCUCAAAGACGACCCUAGCACUCUUCCGCAAGCAAGAAAAACCCUCGUCAGAAUGUACGUCCUGAAAGUCUUUCUUCGCUCAUUGAUGUCGCUCUGUUUUGUUCUUUCCGUGGUCAACCGAUUCAAAACCAGAAGUCUUUUCCAAAGCCCCUUUCCAUCUUUAUUGUAAAAUUGGCAGCUGCGGUG